GCCCAGAAGACCUGAGAGCCGGGACGUCGCUUCAGAACCUGUCUGUGAGUGUUUGGAUGGCAGAAAUAUAUUUAUCUAAAGAGAAUAUCCAGUCAAGAAGAGGAAUCGUCUUCGUUGUUGGGAAAAUGUUUGUCGUCUUGAUUUGUAUCUUAACUCUGCAGAAAGUCCAUACUACCUGUGUGCAGACGUACAGCGAGGAGUUGGGCGUCAGCGCUCAGGCCUGGCUCGAUAAAUGUAUUCUGGAACACGGACCCCCCAGCACCCGCAUGUUUAAUGGAUAUGAAUUAGGUGAGAAUCUGUACUUUUCAUCCUCUGCGGCCCCGUGGUCGAGCGUUAUCAGUGCCUGGCAGCACGAGAAGUGGCACUAUGCUUAUCCCAACGGAUCUGCGAUAGGACUGCCGAUCGGUCACUACACUCAGGUGGUGUGGAACAGCUCCUACAGAGUCGGCUGUGGACUCACGCUUUGCCCCAACAGCACCUACUUCUACGGCUGCCAUUAUUUUCGAGCUGGGAACUUCAGGAGGUGGCCACCUUACAAAGUUGGAAACCCGUGUGCUUCUUGUCCCAACAACUGCGUGGACAAACUCUGCACCAAUCCCUGUCCUUACAUCAAUGACGUCAUCAACUGUCCUGCCUUGAUAAAUGAGUUUGGCUGCAACAGCUCGCUGGUGUCUGGAUGGUGUCCUGCUUCCUGCAAAUGCACCACAGAGAUUAUCCCCAUUUAUUAAACUCACAGGUUUCAGAGCUCUUAAUCUGAAACCCAUGCAUGAUUCUUAAUCAUCUAUAAGGAACAUUAAACGCAUUGAAUAAAAGCAAAAUCACUUUUCUUUUUUUA